AUGGAUCCACCACAGCCUCCCGCUCCGUUUGGUGGUGGUGCCGCGGCACAAUCUGCGGCGCGUGUGAUGAACCAGCGCCUUGAAGACUACAUUCAUGAUGGAGACUCGCCAGAUGGCCCUGGCAACAUUGACGAGUCAACAACCACCAUCAUCGCAGACGAAAUGGAAGAGACACGACACAAGGAGAUUACAGCCCUGGCGCGGACUUUCUCUCAGCUCUCGGACCAGGUUAGCGGUGAGAAAACGCUGCCCCACGAAGAAGGCGUGAAUACCUUCCUCGAAACAAAAAAGGAGCCAGAGCUCGACCCCAACUCAGAGGACUUCAAUUCGCGCAAAUGGGUCAAGAAUCUCCUGCAGAUGACAUCCCGUGAUCCGGAUCGUUACCCUCGUCGCACGGCAGGUGUCUCGUUUCGCAACCUCAACGUAUUCGGGUACGGCACCGCAGCCGACUAUCAGACUAAUUUCGGCAAUGCUUGGUUGAAGAUGGCCAGCUGGGUUCAAGGCCAGUUGGGUCUGCGCGAGAAGAAACGCAUCGAUAUCUUGAGGAACUUUGAAGGUAUUGUGCACGAAGGCGAGAUGUUGGUGGUGCUUGGCCGACCGGGCAGUGGCUGUUCCACCUUCCUGCGUACCAUUGCUGGUGAGACACAUGGCCUGUUUUUGGCCGAUGGGUCUGACAUUGAAUACGAUGGCAUCUCGUGGGACCAGAUGCAUGGACGCUUCCGGGGUGAGGUGAUAUAUCAGGCAGAAACGGAGACUCACUUCCCUAUGUUGACAGCUGGUGAUACCCUUCUGUUUGCUGCUCAGGCACGCGCGCCGAGAAAUCGCCUACCAGGAGUGACUCGCGAUCAGUAUUCGGAGCACAUGCGAGAUGUGGUGAUGGCCAUGCUUGGUCUCACCCACACUAUGAACACCAUGAUUGGCAAUGAGUUCAUCCGCGGUGUUUCCGGGGGAGAACGCAAACGGGUCAGUAUCGCAGAAACCACGCUAUGCGGUAGUCCUUUGCAAUGCUGGGAUAACAGUACCCGUGGCUUGGAUAGCUCUACUGCCCUGGAGUUUGUCAAGAAUAUCCGCUUGUCAACUGAAUACAGUGGGUCUACCGCAGUUGUGGCCAUUUAUCAGGCCAGUCAGUCGAUUUAUGACAUCUUUGAUAAAGCGAUCGUGCUUUACGAGGGUCGCCAGAUUUACUUCGGUAAAGCGGAUGAUGCUCGCCGCUUCUUUAUUAACAUGGGCUUUGACUGUCCUGAUCGGCAAACCACUGCGGACUUCUUGACCUCUCUAACCAGCCCAUCCGAGCGCAGUGUUCGCGAUGGCUUUGAGCAUGUGGUACCUCGAACUCCCGAUGAAUUUGCUGCGCGUUGGAGAGACAGCCCUGAGCGCAAGCAGCUCUUGCAGGAGAUUCAGGAUAGUCGCGACCAUCAUCCGAUUGGCGGAGAGAAGCAAGAGUCCUUCGAUCGCUCCCGUGCGGCGGAGAAGGCAAAGGGCACUCGUGCGCAGUCCCCAUACACUCUCUCCUACGUCAUGCAGAUCAGACUCUGUCUCUGGCGUGGGUUCCUGAGAUUGAAGGGUGAUAUGAGCAUGACCAUAGCAUCGGUGAUAGGUAAUACCAUCAUGGGUGUUAUUAUCUCGACGGUAUUUUUGGACCUGCCCAAUGAUACCGGCAGCUUCUUCCAGCGGGGUGCCCUGCUCUUCUUUGCCAUCCUGAUGAAUGCAUUUGCCAGCUCCCUGGAGAUUAUGACCCUAUGGCAACAGCGUCCCAUUGUGGAAAAGCAUUACAAGUACGCGCUAUACCAUCCCUCGGCGGAGGCUAUCAGCUCGUACAUUGUGGAAUUGCCGUCUAAAGUGCUCGUCGCCAUCACGUUUAACCUCAUUAUCUACUUCAUCCCCCAUCUCCGUCGUACUGCAGGCCACUUCUUUAUCUUCUUCCUUUUCUCGUUUACUAUCACGAUGGUUAUGUCCAACCUUUUUCGCACGAUCGGUGCGAGUUCCCGUUCCAUGGCUCAGGCUAUGGUCCCAUCAUCAAUCUUUAUUAUGAUUCUAGUGAUUUACACCGGCUUCACCAUUCCUGUCAGAGACAUGCACCCGUGGUUCCGUUGGCUGAAUUAUUUGAACCCUAUUGGUUACGCUUUCGAGUCAUUAAUGAUCAACGAGUUCAGUGGUCGCCGGUUCCCUUGCUCCGAUUACGUGCCCGGUGGCCCUCUUUACGCGGAUGCCCCUCUUAGCUCCAAGAUCUGCUCGCAAAAGGGUGCCGUGGCCGGGCAAGAUUUUAUUGACGGUGAUAUUUACAUCAACACCACCUUCCGCUACUUCAAGUCACACCUGUGGCGAAACUUCGGCAUCCUUUGUGGAUUCUACAUCGGUUUCCUUAUCGCCUAUAUCGUCUCCAGCGAGUACAUUCGCGCUAAACCCUCCAAAGGCGAAAUUCUAGUCUUCCCUCGUGGCAAAAUACCUGCCUUUGCUAAGAAGGUUCGUCAGGAUGACGAUCCAGAGGAAGCAGGACAGGGAGAGAAACAGGAAAUUGCUGGAGCAGCCCAAUCUCUGGCGGUUCAAAGCGCAGCCCUUGCUAAGCAAACCGCCAUCUUCCACUGGGAGAACGUCUGUUACGACAUCAAGAUCAAGGGCAAGCCGCGGCGCAUCCUCGACUGUGUGGAUGGAUGGGUAAAGCCGGGAACACUGACGGCUCUCAUGGGAGUCACUGGGGCCGGUAAAACUUCAUUGCUUGACGUGCUUGCAAACCGGGUCACUAUGGGUGUCAUCACCGGUGACAUGCUAGUCGAUGGACGUCUGCGGGACGACUCAUUCCAGCGCAAGACAGGCUAUGUUCAGCAGCAGGAUUUGCAUCUGGAGACCAGCACUGUUCGCGAAGCACUCAUUUUCAGCGCAUGCCUUCGACAACCGCACAGCAUCCCACGAGAGGAAAAGCUCGCGUAUGUUGAAGAGGUCAUCAGAAUGCUCGAAAUGGAGGCUUACGCUGAAGCGGUUGUGGGUAUUCUGGGCACUGGACUGAAUGUGGAACAGCGCAAGCGCCUGACCAUUGGGGUGGAGCUUGCGGCCAAGCCCGAUCUUCUGUUGUUCUUUGACGAGCCCACCUCGGGCCUUGACAGUCAGACGGCAUGGUCGAUUUGCAGCUUGAUGCGGAAACUUGCCGACCAUGGACAAGCCGUGUUGUGUACCAUCCAUCAGCCUUCUGCGAUAUUGAUGCAACAGUUUGAUCGCUUACUGUUCUUGGCUAAAGGUGGUCGUACUGUCUACUUCGGCGAUCUCGGCAUGAACAUGGAAACGUUGAUCCAAUACUUUGAAAGCAAAGGGUCCAUCAAGUGUCCCGAGAAUGCUAACCCUGCCGAAUGGAUGCUUGAAGUCAUUGGUGCUGCACCAGGGUCUCAUGCAGACCGUGACUGGGCAGACGUCUGGACCAACAGCCCCGAGCGUGCUCAGGUGCGUCAAGAGCUGGCGGAAAUGAAAGCCGAGCUGUCACAGAAGCCAGUGCCCGAAGUGAUUGCUGGAUACGGCGAGUUUGCUACGCCCAUUUGGUACCAGUUCAUGAUCUGCAUUCAGCGUAUGUUCCAGCAGUUCUACCGUAGCCCUGGAUAUCUCUACUCGAAGACCGCCAUGUGUGUCUUUCCGCCAAUUUUCAUCGGCUUUACCUUCUGGCGGAUGCCCAACAGCCUCCAGGGAUUGCAGAACCAGAUGUUUGCCAUCUUCAUGCUGCUGAUCAUUUUCCCCAACUUGGUCCAGCAAAUGAUGCCGAGCUUCGUAACACAGCGCGCACUGUACGAGGUGCGCGAGCGACCGUCCAAGGCAUACUCGUGGAAAGCGUUCAUGCUGGCCAGUAUCUUUGUGGAGCUGCCCUGGAACAUUGUAAUGGCGCUGCCCGUGUUCUUCUGCUGGUAUUAUCCGAUCGGGCUGUACCGCAAUCCGCCGCCGGGGGAGAUGAUCGGGCGGGGCGGGACCAUGUUCCUGUUGAUUCUCAUCUUUAUGAUGUUUGCCUCGACCUUCGGGUCCAUGAUGAUUGCUGGGAUUGAGCAGCCGGAGACGGGCAGCAAUCUGGCGCAGUUGUUGUUCUCGCUCUGCUUGGUGUUCAACGGUGUCCUAGCGAGUCCGUCGGCUUUACCACGAUUCUGGAUCUUCAUGUACCGCGUAUCGCCUUUCACCUAUCUCGUGUCGGCCGUGCUCUCGACUGGAUUGUCGGGCGGCGAGGCCGAAUGCUCCAGCAUCGAGCUGCUCGCGGUCGACCCGCCCGCCGGCCAGAACUGUUCGGCCUAUCUGGACCAGUAUGUCGACCAGUACCAGGCCAAUCUGCUGAAUCCAGAGGCGACCUCCAACUGUGAAAUCUGCUCCAUCCGGUCUACCGAUGCCUUCCUGUCGCAGCUGAGCAUUCAGUUCUCUGACCACUGGCGCAAUAUCGGUCUGCUCUUUGUAUAUAUAGGGUUUAAUAUUGUGAUGGCCCUGUUCCUGUACUGGCUGGUUCGCGUGCCGAAGCGGUGGUCGCGCAAGGUGAAAGAGCAGUGA